UGAGGGCUAUAUGUAGUGGUGUUAGGGCUGUGUGUAGCAAUGUAAACAUUAGAAGAGGAAUGCAUAAAGACAGUAGGUAGCUUGAAUAUUAUCAUGAGAGCUGAUAACGUGGUGGGCCGCGGCGCCUCAGUCAGCGGAGCGGAGCCGCUCUGUACGGUCGUGUGUUUUAAAAACGUCGGUGCAGUGACGUGCCGCGCGCUGUUCACUUCUCGCGUACGCGCCGCAUUCCAUCGUGGGGGCCCUACGCCGCCAUUGGUUGAUCCUGCGUGACGUCACGCCUUAUAAUGAGGUAUUCAACAUGGCCGUGUAGCUAGUUCGCGAGUGUGCUUCGUUAUUCGUUUGAAUGGAUUUAAUCAGUGAAAUAUGCCAAGGAGACGAAACGGUGAGAUACCCUUGCCCGACGGAUGGGAUUACGCGAGGGACUUUGACGGGAAAUUGUAUUUUAUCGACCACAACAGCAGAAAAACGACGUGGAUCGACCCGCGGGACAGGUACACGAAGCCACAGACCUUCGCGGAUUGCAUCGGGAAUGAACUGCCCCUUGGGUGGGAGGAGGCGUAUGACCCUCAGAUUGGGCCUUACUACAUCAACCACGUCAGUCAGGUGACGCAGCUAGAAGACCCGCGUCUAGAAUGGCUGAGCAUCCAGGAGGCCAUGCUGAGGGAGUACCUCAAUACGGCGCAGGAGGCGUUGGAGGCGAAGAAGGAGAUGUACGAUGUGAAAAAGCAGAGGCUGUGCUUGGCGCAAGACGAGUACAAACAUUUGAACAAUGCCCUGUCUACGCUGGCGGCCUCUCGGACGAGCUUAUGCUCAUCCACAACCUCCGUAACGACGACGUCCACCACGUCACGUCACGACCCGGACCUGCUCCGGUCAGAAGUGACGCAGGCAAGAGGCCGCGUCGCGCAGCUGAGGAAAGAGUUGAGGCAGGCGAGAGCUGAGGUCGCCUGUGCAAGAAGGGGUGUGGAUACGCUUGCUGAAGUGGAACAAAAGCUAAGCGCUCAACAAGGAUGCUACAACAUCACCGAAGCUCAGGCGAUCAUGACUGAGCUCAAAAACAUCCAAAAAUCUCUCACGUCGGGAGAGAAAGAGAGAGCAGACCUCAUGCAAUCCCUAGCCAAACUUAAGGAUGACUUGACGAGAUUACAACUCGGAGAUGCCUCUCCAGACCUUUCAACCUUAAGCCUUCCUCAAGAGAAACUUAGCACUGCCUCACAAACAGACUUAUGCGCAGACCUAGUACCAAUAGGUACACGGUUAGCAGAAAUGGCAAGAGUACGCCUACAAUAUGACGAAGCUAGAAAAAGAAUACAACAGAUCCAACAACAAUUAGCAGAUUUAGAGGACAAAGUCCAACCCGGUCAAGCAGAGUCUGACAAAGACCGCUUGCUACUAUUCCAAGAGAAAGAACAGCUACUUAGAGAACUUAGAAGUAUAACCCCUAGAACACGAUCCAAACAGGAAAUGACUGACAUACAAAUUGAGUGUAAAAGAUUAGAGCAGGACUUGAAAAACGCCUUUGAGAUGUCAAAUAAGUGUAUAGCGGAUCGAUUGAGGUUACACGAAGAAAAACAACUGCUGCUUCAACAGCUAAAAGAUGCCUUGACGUCUAUGACGACUCUGGAAGGGCAGUUGAAGACUUUAUCAGCGAGUACGUUGUCGGUUUCAAGUAGUUCGAGCCUCGGGUCUCUUUCUACGGCGAGUAGCAAAGGAUCUUUGAGCUCUGGAAUCAGUUUUACUGAUAUAUACGGGGGUUCGCAGAUCGCUAGCUCAUUCCAGGCAGAUAAGCCUAUUGAUAUGGUUGACCUGCAUAGAAGAGUUGAGAGAUUACUCCGCGGAACAAGCUACACGGCCGAAAGCGCGACGCCCGGAGCCGGCAGCGGCUCCCAACCCUCGCUCUCGCCUCGCAGCAGCCUCUCCUCCGCCAGCCCCCCACCCCCUCCCCCGUCAUACAGCCAGGUGGAGAUGCAGAGGCGCCAGCAGAGGGAGCUGGAAGAGAAGCUAGCGGAGAUGAGGAUAGGCGUCGCUGGACUUAAUGAGAUCACAGGCCUUGCGACAAUACCAGUACAACUGCAAGGCCCCGGCCGGCCUUGUGAGCCGCUGUCGCCAAUAUCAGAGACCCCGCCACCGCCCCUCUCGCCCAGGACUCCCUCAUCUAGUGGUACAAACACUAGAUCAGUGUCGGCAGCAGUAAGCGACGAGUCGGUGGCUGGAGAUUCUGGUGUGUUUGAGGCGGCGCAAGCAGGCGAUGCUAGCGCAGUGAACAGUACGCAAAUUGAGAUCAAAUUGCGCUACUGUAUUGAGGACAGCGCGCUGGAGAUCAGCAUACUGCGGGCACGGAACCUCAACGCGCUUUUCAUUGAUGUUGGCACUGAAGUUGCGGUGCUAGGCGCUCUAGUAAUCGGCGGUGGAACUUGCGGUAUCACGUUCAGCAGCGCGUCACUACCGUGGCGCGGAACUACGCUUGCGUGGCGUCACGUGGCGAGAGCUAGUGUGGCGGGCACCCGCGCUCUUAGGGCUGCCACGUUGCAAGUCAAUCUCGUGUGCAGGGCUGAAUGCUUGGGUUGCGCCCAAGUGAGUCUAGCGGAUUUCGACCCGGACGCGGUCUCCCAGAAAUGGUACAACGUGUUGAGCUUCAGAUGUAUGAGGCGGGAUGAGAGCUCGGAUGAAUCCACGGUUAUAUCUUCGCAGACGUCAACUCUCACUAGGAAUAGAGGUCCAGAGAGUAUGACCGGUGCGGAGUGUAACGUGGAUUGCGGAGAGAACUCCGCCUCUGAAGAUGAGGAGUCUAGGGAACCGCUUAAUCAGAUAGUAGAAGAGGAUUCCCUAGAAGACUACAUUCCUGAGGACGAAUUAGCGCUAGAAGAAGAGUACCUACACCCGUCCACGGCCGAGAAAGAGACGAACACAGAGUGCAACUUCUGCCCGGAGGGAGCGAGACAGCUGCAUAGGAGAAAAAGUCCACAAGUAAGCGCCACUCUGGAGGAGCCACUGGCAACGAUCAAGAGGUCUCAGACCUUCUCGCCGCAGCCGCAAAGCAUCGGGAACAGGCAGUAUAUUUGCAGACUGAACCGCUCGGAAUCUGACUCGUCCAUGGCGUCCCGAGCCCGCCGCCCCGCGCCCCCUCCCCCCGCCGGCAUCCCCUUCGACCGCAGCGUGCGCGAGCGCCGUUCUCUCAGAUGGGGCCGCGUGGCAGGCGGCGCGGCGCGUCGCACGCGCACCCGCAGCGCGCGAACCUCGCUAGAUCUCGCACUGGAUCUCAGCGCGCAGAACACCAAGCUCGCCGACCUGAGGACCGAGAUCGCCCAUCUGAGCCAGCUUAAAAGGAGACUGGAAGAGGCGUGCGCCCGCGGCGACCCGGCCAUCGCGUCGUGGGUGACGGAGGACGACACGCUGCGCCGCCUGGUGGCGCCCGCCGAGCCCAACGAGCGCGCCGCCAAGCUGCUGCACCGCACCUGCCGCGAGAUCUACCGCCUCAGGAAGUCUCGCCAGGGCGGACGCCGGCCCGACCUCGUCACCUUCAAAGAAAAAAUGGCUUUCUUCACCCGCCCGAAAUCCACCGUGCCGGUCCUAGACGGAGAAGCCGAGGAGAUCUCAGAGGACGAGUGGGAAGACGAGCUGGAAGAGCGCCGCACUCCCGACGGGCGUUCCUCCAAGACCUCCUACGAACUCCGUCGAGACCAGCGCUGCAACGACGUCAGGGAGGAAAAACCGGAAAAAUUGGAAGAAGCGGCUAAAGACACUCAGGAAGUAGUCGAAUGCAAGAACCCUUGCCUGGAUCGGCUAGAAGCGGCCCAGGACCAGGAAAAGACUGAAGAGGAUAGGUAUGAAUUUGUUGUAGACCGAGCUUUAGGUGUUCAAGUCUGAAUGUAUGGAUCGGUAAGUGUAUAUUGAUUUAGACGGUCCAGAAUAGAUGUGUUUUUAAAGGGUAUUCAAAUGAUUAUUUAAUGCAACUUGUCUAAAUUAAAUUAUUUUAUAAUGAAUUUUAUGGUUGCAUGAAAUAAUUUUUUGAAUCUUGAGUUAUAGGAAAGAUCUUCGAAAGUUAGGGCACCAUAUAAAAAUAAUAAUAUUGCAAAUUUGUUCUGUGAUUAAUAUUGCCUAUUGAGAUUUCUGGAAUGAAGACUGACGAAAGAUAAGCUAUUAUGUAUUAUUAUUGGAAAUUUUAAUUAUAUAUAAACGCAUGCGGUCGUCCAUAUGAAAAGUGGCUUUAAGUUUCACUGUAACGCCUUUCGCCAUAGGGACGGACGCACAUAUCUAAAUAGUAUCGUGCAAAGUAGAGUGCCAUACAGAUGAAUCUUGAAGAAAAUACGUAUGUAUAAUAGGGUGUAUUACUGCAAUUUUCUGCCGCCAGAGUGCAGCACUAAGCUAGCUAGUAAACCAUAGAGUAACUUAUACUGUGUCUUAAACUGGUUUUCAUAGACAAUAAAAUAUGACAUUGAUGCAUCAAGGCGGUUUGUUAACAAGGGCCUACAGGAAAAAGCGAAUAUCGGAAUUUGGUUAUCUGCCUCUUUAUCGCUCGAAUAUGCAAGAGUGACAUAGAGGUUAGAUAACGAAAUUUCAAUUUUCUUGUAUCGCGGUAGACCCCCAGAUUGUGAUGGAUAGUGGUAGUGGCGCCCCCUACGCAGAGUAUUGCGUAAUAUUCCCUAUUCCUACCUUUAGAUUCAAUUGGUAUAAGAGUAAAUAAGUUAAUGUCUGGUACACCAAUAGAGUCUAAUCGUAUGUAUAUUUAAAUGGACCUUAUGUAUUGUACAAAAACGUGCCUUAUUAUUGGUGCCUUGGGAGACAUGUGCCAUAGAAAGGCAUUGUGGGGGUACAAAAUAGUUGUAUGGAGAGUCACAAAAUAUAUGCCAAACAUUUUAAUGUAAUUAGACGGUGUACGGCGGUUAUGCGACUAUUUCAUUUUGUAAAUACGUAAUGUCUUGAAGUGAUGGCCCACCGAAAUAGUUUGCUGUCUAUUGAAUGAUAUAGGUAGUUUUCCACCGAAAUAUACGAGUGUAUAAAUGGAAGUAGGUUAUUCGCGUGACAGAUCCUUACGUUUAUUGCACUCAAAUUGUGUAACGAACUAAUAUUCCCGGGAGGAGUUUUAUAGUAUGCGUGCGUUGAUAACCUACUUUUCUUUGUUCGCUAUGUAAUGAUUUGAUAGGCCAAAAAUGCUUUUGUAAAUACAGACUGCAUAUUUGUUAACAUUUCGCUUCUCUUGGUUAAAUGCUGCAGUGAAAAGUUUGGACUAAAAAACGUAUAAAUUUCAACGUUACAUUUUAUAAUAUGAGAAACAUUUCAGUUUUUAUUUUGACAUCUAAAUAUACAUUGCCAUUUGAGAAUUAAUUUGUAAUAGAUGAUAUUAAGGGCGUCCGCUAGCUGACGCGGUCGGCCGCAGCAUCGGUUGCAAACAAGCUUACGGCCCGCGUGAUAGUAAGCAGUCACCGUAGCCAAUAAACGCCUGCAACUCCAGAGGCGUUACGCACGCGUUGCUAACCUUUUAAAGACCUGUACACUCCUUUUUAGAAGAACCACAUACUGUACAUGUGUGUGGGAUUUAAAUGUGUUUUUUUUUUACAAGAGAAGCGAUAUGUCUUUGGAACUUGCCGAGUGGACGCGUUUCUACGUGCAAUAUUGAACGUAAAUUUUAUAUUUUAUUUAAUUCCACUUUCUAUUUUAUACUGAGAUCUGACUCACACUGAGCGUUUUUAUUUAAAUUAAAUUUUAAACUUGAAAUUGAAACGUAGUUUAUUGUAAUUUAUUAUUUAAGUAACCUACUUUUAUUUGUAAAUAAUGUAUUAUAGUAGUUAUAAUUUUGUAAAUAGUCUGAGAGUAAAUACUUCAAGAAUUUGCAUAUCUGUAUUUAGUGGUUUAUGAAAUAUAAUUUUAAUUGUUAGCAAUAUUAUUCGAUGUUAAGUAUUUUUUAUAACAUUAGUCUACUAGAAUUAGUAGUAAUGUAAUUAUUACAUUUUUGUAAAAAAUGUAUAUUUUAUAUAAACAUUUACGCGGAGUUUUAUACAUAGGUACUUUUGUAUUUGUUGCGCAGGUGAAUUUGGAUUUGCCAAAUUAACAUAAUUAAGUCUUGUUUUAAUUCUUCCAUUACAGAAAGGGUUGAUUAUAUUUUGUAGAAACAGACGCAGGUCGAUAUCGGAAGUGAAAAUAUAAAUGAUAAAUGAAUA